CUGACCCCCACCCACCCCUUGCAAAGGGGUCCUCCGCCCGGACCCCCAAGCCCUUGCCCCACGGAGGCCCCAAGAUGCCCCUGGAGCCCAGGCCCCCGGGGGCCAAGGUGGUCCCGGCCUCCAGCCUCCAGGCCAAGUCCCAGGUCUUGAGCGCCAAGUCCCGCUCGGCGGAGGUGAGGGCCCCCCCAAAAGGACCGGCCUUCUGGAGCAAGUCUUCGCCCCAGCUGCGCCGGGAGCUGCCCAAGCCCCCCAGCCGGCCCUCCUGGGUAUCCUGGGCCCUGCAGGACAGGAUCCCCGGCCCCCCAGGUGAGGGGCAGGUGGGGCACGCACCUCAGUGUGGCAGCGGGCAACCCUGGCGACAAGGAUCAGCCACGCAUCCCCAAGGCCCUUGAGAUUCCUCGCUUUUUAUUUUGGGUUUGGGGUUUUUAUUUCAUUUACCACCCCCCGAGAUCUCUGGGGAGCAUGCAGAUUGACUGAUUGAUUAAUUGGUUGAUUGGUUGAGUGACUGGUUGAUUGAUUGAUUGAUUGAUUGAUAUAUACAGCGGUACUUUGGUUUACAACCAUAUUCCAUUCCAGAGGUUCCUGCUCCCUUGAGAUUCCCCGUUUUUUAUUUUGGGUUUGGGAUUUUUAUUUCAUUUACCGCCCUCCGAGAUCUCUGGGGAGCAUGCAUUGAUUGAUUGAUUGAUUGAUUGAUAUAUACAGUGGUACUUUGGUUCACAACCAUAAUCCGUUCCGCAGGUCCGUUCGUAAACCGAAACAGGUUGUAACCCAAGGCACGCUUUCGCCAGUGGGGCCUCCCCAAAUAAAUUUGUUGAUAAUCCUGCCCCAAAAAUGGGCUGUAAUAAUAAUUUUUAAAAGGUCAGAAACCGGGACAUGCACUUCUGGGUUUGAUAUGUUUGUAAUUCAAAAUGUGUGCAAACCAAGACGUAUGCAAACCAAGGUACCGCGGUAUAAAUUUUUGUUUAUUUUCCAUUUCUUUUUUCUUUUUCCUUUCUCCUCCUGUAUUUUAAUCUUGUUUUUAAGUUGUAUUCAUUCAACUUGUUUUCAUUAUUGCUUGUUAGCCACCCUGAGCCCGGCCUUGGCUGGGGAGGGCGGGGUAGAAAUAAAAAUUAUUAUUAUUAUUAUUAUUAUUAUUAGACAUCCACAUUAUCAUUAUCUGCUUUACCUCCCUGGCUCUUUGGAGCCUGGUUGAGGAAGGUCGAUUUAAGGUCUGGAACCGGCUGCCGUUUUUCGUCUACAGCUCCUACCCUGUACGUCGUUUCUUUUUUAAUUUUAUUUAUUUUGGUUGAGUUUUGCAGGUCCUCACACAGCUCCCUCCGAAGGCAGAAUUCCCCCUGUUAAAAUACUGGAUUAUACAGUUACCGUAUUUUUCCGUCUAUAGGACGCCCCCAUGUAUAAGACGACCCCUAUUUUGGGGGACUCUGGUUUAAGAAAAUGGGGGGGGAGAUGGCCGCCGUGUAUAAGAUGCCCCCAAAUUCUGGACAAUAUUUUUUAGAGGAAGAAAACCUAGUCUUAUACACAGAAAAAUACGGUAACUCUGCAAAAACAGAAAGUAACAAUAACAGCGUCCCAGUGGGAUUUUAGGAUGCUGUUCCCCGCACCCCAUACUGGCUUAAUUCGCCCACUGCCUUUUAUAUAUAUAAAAACCAACAACAUUAUAUUUAUGUCUUUGUUUACGUACUGCAGAGGGCUAGACUAGAUGACUCGUGGGGUCCCCUUCCUAUUCUGCCAUUCUGAGAUUCCAGACCCUGUUUUCCAGGGACAGUCCCAUAUUUCAAAAACUGUUCCCUGUUUCUGAUUUUAUCCCCCUUUCCCUUAGGACGUUUCUAUUUUUCAUCAGAGAAAUACUGGAGGGUAUGAAGAUUUGUGACCCCCAAGCCGUCUGAAGGCACCCCCAUACAUAUAGGGAAGGUUUUAGAUGUUUAUUGUGUUUUCGUCUAUGUUGGGAGCCUCCCAGUAAAAGUUGGAGCGACCCAGUCAGAUGGGUGGGGUAUAAAUAGUAAAACUAUUAUUAUUAUUAUUAUUAUUAUUAUUAUUAUUAUUAUUAUUGAAUAGGACGUCUCUGUUUCCAUCGGAGAAAUGUUGAAGGGUAUGCCCCCACCUUUAAAAAAAACAACUAUACAGUGGACGCUCGGGUUGAGAACGUGAUCCGUGCGGGAAGCAGGUUUGCAACCCGCAGCGUCCACAAUCCGCAACAUCGCGAAUUACGCAGGUGCCUGUGCGAUUCGGCUGUUAGCGCAUGCACAAAGUGCAAUUUAGCGCUUCUGCGCAUGCGCACGUGCUGAAACCUGGAAGUAGCCCGUUUCAAUACUUUUGGGUUCAGCGCGGUGCUGUUGUAAACAAAAAUUGCCCUUUUCCCUUAUGGGGUAUCCACUAGCCCAUAUAGAGUCCUUAUAUUCCCUAUUGGCCCCUAUUGGUAGGAGAAGAUAACAGAGGCCAACCAGAGAAUACUGAGAAGGAAAGCAGCUAAUAAGCCUGAUCUUUAUCGAUCUGUUGCAACAGGGUGCUCCCCUCACCCACAGGAGAGAGGAGGAACCCAGAAAAAUGGUGUGCAAGGCCUUAUAAAGAUUUUUGAAAUUGCCACCCUGCAGUCCAAGACCACCCCCAGAAACAUCAUACAUACGUCACAGAAAAGGCGGGUCUAAAACAGAAAUUUGAAUGUUGUUUUUCUCCUGUCGUUGUUUAUCUCCUGUCUGGCAGGUUACUUGAUUGGAUUGCCUGGGGAGCCUGGCUAGUCUUUUGUAAUGAUAAAUACUUCGUUCCUGGGCCAAGUCACAGGCUCACACCCUAUUCAUAUCUUAAAUGUGCCCUUAAGACAGGAUUUCUGAGGAAAGAGACAAUGGGAGGUUUCCCACUUUGACCUUGCAGAGAAAACAUUUGCUCAGUUUAGGAGUCAAAAUGGUUCCAGGUCGGUCUUCCUGUGCUGAUCUAUGUAUGUGCUUGGUUGGUACACUUAUGAACAUUUAACAUAUAUCCAAGACCUCAAAAUUCCUAUCACAGUGCGCAACCCGAGAUCGUGCAACCCGAAGCGUCUGCAACCCGAGGUAUGACACUAUUGCAUUUCUGUAUUUGUUCCUGUACUGCAAGGGGUUGGACUAGAUGGCCUCUGAGGGUCCCCUUCACACGCUGCAAUUCUUCAGAGGCCUCGGCGUGCCAGGCAGGAAAGCAGAACGGGCGUGCUUCUAACGCUUCUCCUUUUCCCUCCGCAGAUGUUUUGGGCAUCUCCACCUGGUGGCAAAUCUGGGCGCUGCUCUUGGUGGCUGUUUCUUUGGCCUUGUUCUGCACUCUGCUCAUUUUGAUUUACAAUUGUGAGUACCGGGGUGGGGUGGGGCUUCGAAAGAGGCUUCCGACACCCCCAACCCGGGUCUCCCUUCCUCUGGGGCCUGCACGCUGCCCUAGAGUGGGCACCCGCUGCCCUGUUUGGGGUGGAAAUAAUCAUAAAGGGGCUGGGCUUCAUGAUCCAUGAUGCAGUGCGUCGUUCUCUAUUGUUAACUGGCUCUGGGACUGCAGAACUCAAGGGCUUUAUUAUUAUUAUUAUUGUUAAGUUGUGGGUGAACAUAUCAGACGACACAGUGAUUCUUCAAAACAGCUCUUGUUCAGAGGCCAGAACAGAACUGAACUGAAGAGCUCAGUCAGCCUGCUUAUAUAGAGCUCCAGUACAACGUUACUGUAGCAACUUUCUAAAACUAUCCAAUCACUGAACGUCACUUUCGAUCCUUCAUUUGCAUAACUAUCUACAGUAUCCCCCUGCUGGCCCAGGGUGAGAACAUCAGUACAUAACUAUUAUUAUUAUUAUUAUUAUUAUUAUUAUUAUUAUUAUUCUGCGGUCCCAGGGCAAGUUAACAAGACUGGCAGCCAGGAGAGUUUCAAGAACAUACCUUUACAUCUGCAGAAGGAAUGUGCUCUGUUGCCCCAGUGCAAUAAAUUUAUUAUUAUUGUUGCAGGAAUUUAUGUAUAGGUUGGGGCAGCAGAUAUCAUGCACAUGCAGCCCACUACCAAAAUCAGCACCAUCGCUUUUGUGAGUUGUCCCCACAAAACACUUCAUCACAGUUUCUUCCUAUCUAUUCAAAGGGCCUCUGCUGCACGAUACCAAAUGUAAGAAUUCACUGAUAAAUGUCUCUAUGUAGUGGAUCACUGGGAAAACUUCAGAAAUUCAUCUAGACAUGUGAGCUCAGCUACUCAGCAGCCCCUCUGCCUGAGUGAUAAUCCCUGGCAUCCUGAUACCUGAGUGCCAGACAGGUAGCCAUGCCAGAAAUAACAAACCCAGAUGAAGACAAAAGGGUGUGAUUAACUUGGCUGGGAAACAGGGAAAUGUAAAUAUCUCUUUUGUUACACUUAAUGGGUGUUUGGUGGAGGGCAAGGGGAACCAUGGGGCAGAGUCCAGGAUGCUCAGAUUACUGCCACCAGACCUCCCCUUUCAUGAUGUAACCAUGAUGUAUUAGUGAUGUAUUUUUUUUGGGGGGGUGUAACAUGGGGAUUAGCAGCUAAUAAAAGUUUGGGUUCUCUUUUGUUAGGGGCUUCCAUCUUGUUCCACCUGGUGGCAGGUGGGAGUCCUGUCGCGACAGUCUUCAAUAAAGACCAAGCCUACUGGCUGCUGUUUUGCUCUGGUAUUCCUGGCUGGUGUCCUUGUUUUUUGUCCAAGGGAGCCCUCAGAUUUCUCCGUUAACAUUAUUAUUAUUAUUAUUUUAAAAAAACACACACAGAGAGAAAUACGUUUUCAUUUCAGACACCCACGUGGCGACAGAAAUCACUGCUGAAUCUCAACUGCUGCAGCGUUCAGAGAAGAGGCUGAAGAUGGCCGUUCAGCAGCAAGCAGAAGGCAGAAGUGAGAAGAGCUCUCAAUAUUUUCUUCCCCUGUUUAUUAAAGCAAUAGCGGCAAUCGUUAUUGCAGGAGAGAUGCAACAGGGAAACCAGUGGGAAUUGGUAAAAUGGCGAAACCAAUUAGUCUCUGGCAAAUAAGCAGCCUUUGCUUCUCAUCAAUGAAGCUCUGGUGCUGAAAUAUGCUCGGAGUCGAGAGUGGAUUUCAUGCUCUUUAUUCAGCUCAUAGUGUUGAGGAGGAACUGCUCAUAUCUGCUUUAUAGACAUUAUUUACACAAUGGGCCCCAUGUGAUUGGCUAAUUCCGGGAUUCUCCUGUAGGCCAAUCAGGUUGCGGAUUCACUUCCACCUGGAGCUGGAUUGGGUGGCUCCUGUGGACCAAUCAGACUGCUGCAUUCUGGAUCCUAUUGUUCUAGGACCAAUCAGAACUGCUGCAUUCUGAAUCCUAUUGUUCUAGGACCAAUCAGACUGCUGCAUUCUGAUUCCUAUUGUUUUAGAACCAAUCAGAUUGCUGCAUUUUGGAUCCUAUUCAACUCAGUACAUAAUAGUUGCGCUUAUGAGGAGUCCCUGGGUCUGGAUCUGCGACACCAGCCUCUGAAUUCCCCAGCCAGGCUAUGGAGGAGCCAGGGUUUGCCGACCCUCCUGGCGCUGGUUUUCCUGACUCCUCUGGGGAUAUCCGAGGCCCAGCCCAGUCCAGCUCGCUCCAGGGAGAAUUGAUGUCGCUAGAAUGCCACAUCACUUGUGCUCUGCAAAGGGGAAAAAUAAUUUGACAAUAAUGCAGUGGCGUACAGUCAGGGGACUACGGGUACGAGGCUAGUUCCCUAAAUGUUCCCGGUAAAUUAGAGCACUGAAGUAUUAAAGCCUGGCACCUCUUUCCCAAGGCCCGAGAAGAUUUCUGUCCAGCUUAAGUGGGGAGGCACGAUGCUCAUGCCCAGUUUAGCUUAUACGCUAUAGCUCAUGGGUAGGCAAACUAAGGCCCGGGGGCCGGAUCCGGCCCAAUCACCUUCUCAAUCUGGCCCACAGACGGUCCAUGAAUCAGCGUGUUUGUACAUGAGUAGAAGGUGUGCUUUUAUUAAAAAUGCAUCUCUGGAUUAUUUGUGGGGCAUAGGAAUUUGUUCACUUUUAUUUUCAAAAUAUAGUCUGGCCCCCCACAAGGUCUGAGGGACGGUGGACCGGCCACCUGCUGAAAAAGUUUGCUGACUACUGCACGGUAUAGCUUAAAUGGUGGAUUUGCGUAUAAGCUAAGCAAGCUAUAGUUUAGGCCUCCAUUCUCUUGGGGGCCCCCAAAAAAUUUAAAGGAAAAAAACAACUGGGUGUUCAUUUCCAAAAUAUAAGAUAAAAAACAAAUACAAUAAAACCUACCUACAGCAACAGUGCUUUGUGUUGUCUAGGCUCCUAUGAUGUAAGUCAUGGGCCCCACCUGCUAACCUGCUCCCUACAAUAUCACUGGUUUGCUCCUUUCUGUAUAUAGGGUGCCUCCAUUCGGCAUGGACUGGUUGCAUGGCCACAUGGGUAAAUGGCUUGAGAUACCUAUGAGGUCCAUCAAUGACAAAAUAGCAUAUAUUCAACACAAAAAACCAGUGACAAUUUGUUGUUGACAAAGGACAGCUGGACAUAUCAAGGGCACCAUUACAUUCAGUAGCUUAGGGCCUCAUCAAACCAAAAUCUGCCCCUGCUCACGUCACCACCAAUUGCCCUCGAAGGCUGGUGCCUCUGGCCUAAGCGUUCCCCUAUGAAAAAUUUCACUGCUGCAAUUACGGGGUGUAAAAGGGGAUUUCUUAUAGAAUCAUAGAAUCAUAGAACUGUAGAGUUGGAAGGGACCCUGAGGAUCAUCUAGUCCAACCCCCUGCAAUGCAGGAAUAUGCAGCUGGCCCAUACAGGGAUCGAACCUGCAACCUUGGUGUUAUCAGCACCAUGGUCUAACCAACUGAGCUAUCCAGGCUCUCUUGCCCGUCCUUCCAGCAUCACAUAUCCGGCUCUUCUGCAAAAUGAAUGUGGAAAUCAGUGCAGUGAAAAUAUAUAACACAGGUUUUUUGUGUGUGUGUUUCGAAAAAUAAACGCAGCUGAUCAGAGGCUGGAUGCUGCCAGUUUCUGGAAACCGCAGGAUUGGAGAGUGUUGCUCUCGUGCUCGGAUCCUGCUCGCGGAUGUCCAGUAAUGGGCACCUAGUUUGAGGCGUUCUCAAAGUAAAGGAAGGAUUGAACUCUGAUUAAUUAGAAUACAUACAGAGGCUUGAACCAGCAAGACUCUGGGAAGGGUGCGUAUAAUAACCUGUCUCCAGCCCAGGUCGUUUUAUUCACAAAAGAACUUUUUACAGAGCGUUCGUAAGAACCAAUCAGAUUUCUUCUGAGCAUUUCAACAAACCCAUAUGGGGACAAAGUUAAACUACAAACACUAGUUAGGCAUGCAUACUUUUGGGGUAAAUAAAUGAAAACUACAAAGGAGUGCAUUCAGCAACCCCGGAGGUCAUAAACAAUCAAUACACAUGAUAAGAAGGAAGGCCAGGAGGACAGUGAUCAUUAUCACCUUUAUGUGAGACCUGUUUCCUGGCCCUAAGAUUAACAUCCUAAGAUUAACAUAUCAGAAAAGCUACAUCAAAGAAACUGCCCACUGUCUUUGAUGACCCAGGAGCCUGCCUGUCUAAGUGUGUACAUGACUUGUGAAGAAAGAAAAAUGGAGCAGGGAUGCAGAGGUGUGGAUUGAUCAAGAAUCAUAUCAAAAUAGUUUAAACCCAGUCAACGCAAUGCUUUCACUGCUGACACAGAUGGCUUACUCUAUAUUUCCUCAUAGCAAUCCCAGCUGAUCACUACACUAGUUGGCCGCUUAGAGAACAGAUGGGCCCUUGGACCUAACCCAGCAACCUCUUUGUACCUUCUCCAUCUCUGCUCAACCUCCGGAAAUCCUCUGAAAUAUCUCUCUCCCGCCAACCCUUGUGCUUUAUCUCCACAGCCCUGACAUGCAGAUCCUGCAAAAGGCACUGGAUGCAAUGGGGAGGCAGCUGCUACCUGCACACCACCGAACCCAUGUCCUGGAGAGACUGCUUGAGCCACUGCAAGUCACUCAAAAGCGGCCUCUUGAUCGGGAGCACCGAAGGAGAAAUGGUGAAAGCUGUUUGGAGUUGUGGGUGCGGGGUUCCUGCUCUGGCACGGGGUAGGGGUAGGGGCAUGUGUCUAGGGCAGAAAUUGCAUAAACCUCGCCGAUAGGUGUGCAGUUCUCACACGCAACCCUGACACGCCUUUUGGGCUCGUUGCAUGUUGGGACCUCAUAUAUUGUGCUUGAAAUUUCUUAAAAACAUGGAAGUCCAAACUCCUGCAAUCCCUGACAGACGGCUGUCCAACCUCUGCAUAAAAACCUCCAAAGAAGGAGAGUCCACAACUUCCAGAGGGAGUCCACUCCACCGUCAAACGCUCCUUACUACCAGGAAGUUCUUGAUGUUGUUGGAAUCUUGAUUCCAGUAAUUGGAAUCCAUUGGUUCGGGUCUUACCCUCCGGAGAAGCAGAAAAGCAAGCUUGCUCCAUUUUCCGUCUGGCAGCCCUCCAGAUAUUUAUCCUGUCACCUUUAAGUCUCCUCUUCUCCAGGCUAAACAUCCCCAGCUCCCUCAACUAUUCCUUCUUUGGCGCUCAAAAUAAUAAGAAUAAGAAUAAGAAUAAAAAUAAGAAUAAGAAUAAUAACAAUAAAAAUAAUAUAAAUAAAAUAAAUAAAAUUUUAUUUAUAUCCCACCCUCCCCGGCUGAAGCCGGGCUCAGAGCGGCCAACAACAAUAAAAGCAACACAGUUCACAUAACAAUCAAUCAACUGAAAUGCAUUCUAAAACCAAUUCAUUCUAAAAUCAAAAUCAAAUCAAUGGCAACCAUUGGGCUAGAGUGCUAUGAGGAUUACAGAAGGAGAGGGGGUCAGACUGUGCCUUGCCCUAGUCUCUUGGGACAGAGCAUUCCACCAAGUCAGGGCCACAGCAGAAAAAGCUGUGAAAAGAGAAAACAGUUAAGCCUCCUGCCUGAUAUCGAUAGGCAGGGAUUUGUACAUCCAUCUUUCUGUUAAUCAGUUGUUCAGCCAGGCUUUUCAGUGCCUUUCCCCAUCACUUUCCUAACUGCAAGAAGUCUGGGUUUUUGUAAGUGUUAUGCUAGAAUGGCAGAACGCUUUGCUUGUGCAAACCUGAGCUUCCUGGUGUGCACUUGCAUGCUCCUAGGGCCGCCUUAAGCAUAUCCAGCGCUGUGGUGCAAAUAUCCCUCUGGGGAUAUUUCCCAGAGCUGCUGACCUUUUUUAGGGAGGACAGCGCUGCCGGCGACGUGCCCAAGUUUGCGGGGCUAAGGAGGAGGCGGGCAGUGGCUGGAGGGCAGCUCCUCUGGCGGGGAAGAGGCGGAGGCUGGAAGUGACAGCUCCUGGCUCAGCUGGCCACUUUGUGCCGUGGUGGCCAUGGCAGGCGGAGACUCCGAACGCGGCGCUGCUUCGGCGUGGCAUGGCGGAGGCGGGUAAGGGCGGCAAGCUGAUGCCAGGAGGCGCCGCAUCCAGCCUCUUCCCUGGUGCCCUCCAGAACUUGGCGCCCUGCUCCACUAGCCUCUAUGGGUAAGACGCCCCUGCAUGCUCCCUGCAAAAUUCUGGCAGCCCUGCAUGAUGCGCCCCGCAUGAUGGGCCUUGGGGGGUUCCUUCUCCCACAGGAAUUCCUGCUGUCGCAGACGGUGGACUGGUUCAUGAUGCACAACAACCGGCUCCGAGGUGGAAGCUACUGGAUCGGCCUGAUGUACAACACGUCCGACAGAAUCUGGAAGUGGGCCGACGGGGCAAAUCUGCACAUCAGGAUGUGAGUCUCCUCCUUUUUCUGCACGAGAAGCAAGGGUGUUUGAUGUAUAAUGGUUUUGCCUACAUAUAAUAUUGAUUUAAUAAUAAUGAUAAAAAGACUGUCCUGUUGUGAGGGCUCUCGGAGAUCUACGCAAGUCCUUUGAGCGCGGGGAGUAGCUGCAUUGGCCAAGGGUCUCUCUGGUAAUUUCUUACAGCAGUACAGUCAAACCUCAGUUCUCGAACGGCUCCAUUUUCGAAUGUUUCGGUUCCCGAACGCCGGAAGUAAAUGCUCCGGUUUCCGAACCUUUUUCGAAACCCGAACAUCCGACACAGCUUCCGCUUGAGUGCAGGAAGCUCUUGCAAACAAUCGGAAACCACGCCUCGGUUGUCAAACGUUUCGGAAGUCGAACGGUCUUCCAGAAUGGAUUACGCUCGACAACCGAGGUUUGACUGUACGCACUACAUAUUUAGAAGAAACUCGUUCAAAAGAGGCGAUACGUCAGUAUUCCAAGCCAAGACAUAAACAGUGGAUGAAAAACUCAUAUAAUGGAAAACGGUGACAGGCACAAUCAUAACUGGGUGGAAUUUGCCACCCGUGAGGCUGUGUCCCUAAAUAAGCUAAUAAAAAACACAAGACCCGCCAGACAGUUGCGUAGCCCAAAAUUUCCGCUUCCCCUCUGAGAACCCAGAGUUGGUGGGUCCAUUUCUCUGGUUAUGAAUAAAGCUUUUUAAAACCAGCCCAUAAUAGCGGAUGCAGAAGCCCCCAUGCAGCCUUCAGUCGCAACUAGGCAGGUAAAGGUAAAGGGAUCCCUGACCAUUAGGUACAGUCGUGGCUGACUCUGGGGUUGCGGCUCUCAUCUCGCUUUACUGGCCGAGGGAGCUGGCGUACAGCUUCCGGGUCUUGUGGCCAGCAUGACUAAGCCGCUUCUGGCGAACCAGAGCAGCGCACGGAAACACCAUUUACCUUCCCGCCGGAGCGGUACCUAUUUAUCUACUUGCACUUGGACGUGCUUUAGACCUACUAGGCAGGUAGCUGUUAGCAAAUGCUUUAGUAGUAGUGCCUUGCUGUGCAAAUUGCAGUUAUCUCCCACAAUCUCUGCUUGCAGCAGAUUCUUCCCAUUCGCUAUGGCAGCCUGCUUCCCCGAUCCCAGGAAUUGCAUUAAAAAAUAAAAUAGGCUAAGCUUCCUUAUCCCUAACAGGUCUGGAGGCUGGCAGCACGUCUCCGCCAUGGUGGACAUCUGCGUCAACUUCAGAAAUGGCGAUUCGUACAUCUUUGAAUGCAGCAGCAAGCACCAGUGUCUAUGCAAGAAGUCGGUGGAAUGAAGCAAGCAGCAAUCCCGGGUCCAGGCACCCCUCUCUAGAGGCCCUCACGAAAACAGCAUCCACGGGCAUCUCUCGUAAAGGGGCGCAUCUUACCCUACGAAGGCGCAUGGUGUGGGCCUGGUGUUCCGGCCACUGUCUCUGCCAGGGCCACAAGCUGCUCUCUCUGCAACGGCCGGAGAAGUUAUCCGCCUCCGCUAGUGAGCUUCUACCUCUGCCCCUUAAAACUUCUCUUUUCGCUUCGGCCUUUGGAGGUGUGCUGGGCGAGAUCUGCCGAAAUGCAAACUCCCCGUCUGCCGCUGAAAUCCAGUUGCAGCCGUUCUUUUUACUGUUUGGCCAGCCGUGCAUCGGCUUGGCCAUUGGUUUGUUGAUGUUUUCGUUGCCGUUCUCAUGUGCUUAUGGUAAACCGCUCUGUGAUCCUGACAGAUGGGAGG